AACAAUAAAAGCUCGAAGUAUUUGACAGUCGUGGGGAUCUACGGAUAUUGUUGUUCAAGUGGCAAUGAACACUUGAGCGCGCGAUGGAGAAAAAAGAUGGAUUGGGCGACACAAAGACCGUUGCCACAGAUAACUCCACAGACCGUGCUCAAGCUGAACGCGAUAGAGUGCGGAUCGAGUUCUACGCCACGUAUGACGUCAUGACGGGUGUGCGCAUAGCCGCUACUCUAGGUGGCUUUUUUGCGCUCAUGGUUUUUUUAAUCGUCUACAAAAGUCGCAGCAAAUCAGUGAAAGCGCUUAACGAUCCAAAAAUAGUCGAGCUGGCCGAAGCAGUAGUAGCUGAAGAGCAAGCUGUUGAGGAGGAGAGACAAUUGACGGCGGCAUUGCAAGAGGCUCUCGCCGAACGUCUCUCUCGUCGAAGCUCUCGGCCGUCGAUCGGGGAAGAGCCCCCGUGGCCACGGACAGCGCGGUUUUCGUCGUACGGAGGUGGAUAUGGCAGCAUGCUGGCACCUCCUCGCCGAUUGUCCGGGCUCCGUGGGGACUCGUUGCCAGGCUCCGUUCUUAGAUUUGGUGAGAGACGAUUCUCAGGAGUGCCACGCGAUCGGCGCCUCAGUUCAGCCACUUAUUCUAGUUCUGGUAGUUCCUACUUAGAAAGACGCGGAUCGUCAGUAGUGUGCGCGCUUCCCGAGCGGCGACUGUCGCCCUGUCCGAGCGUGAGACUGGCGCCGCUCGCUUCUGUUGGUAGUGUAGGACCCUCGUUUGCUGUAGAUUGUGAUCUCUUGUCUGUAGGCGCGGAUUCUGUGUUCGCGGAGGACGAUGCUGACUCGACUGAUGAUGAGAUCGAUCAGUUUUCAACCGACAGUGGCGGUGGAAUUGAAGUCGGCGUGACUGACUGCACGGAACUUACCAGCAGGCCGAAAUACACGCAAGUCAAGCAUGAUUCACACUCACGCGAAACGUUGUUCUAGUCCCUAGCGUGCCGUGCUAGAUGUUGAAUGUUUAGAAGUAAACUUUGAAAUAUCUUCAUUUCAGACGUGAGUACUUUGUUAAUUUGAAAAGCAGUUGCAUAUCAAUUUUCCAACGACAUAUCAUAGUGUCUUGACUUAAUUGCCUACAAUACUAAUUUUACAAAGAAUUUAUUAAUUUUCGUACACAGAUUUUACUUAAUAAACAUUAUUGAAUGCUUUUUCUAAGUAACAUUGGUAGUUAUUAUUUAGGCUUCUCUAUUAAUUUAUAAUAACAGCUUUACUGAUUAAAUACUAAAUCUGAAUUUAAGAUAUUUUAAGGUUUUCAUUCAUUUUAGUGAGUAUAUAGUUUGUUUAUGUUGACGAAUUGAUGUUAUAUUAUAGAGAUGGAAAGGUAUGGUGGUUUUCAUAUAAGUCUGCAAAAUAAUAUUGGAAUCAAACAACUUUAUAAUGUAAUAAAGUGUGCAAUUUCCAAACGAUUAAAAAUCUGUCACUUCCAGUAUAAUAAAUAUCCUUAAGUAUCUGGCUUGUUCCUUGGUUAUGUUUAUAAGAAAUGAAAUAACAUUGUUAUUUAAUUGUACGUUGUAAAUCAAUUUUAUUGCAUAUUAUUAAAACAAUUUUAGUAAUUACAAUUAUCAUAGUGGUUUGCUGGAGAAAUGUGAAGUAGUCCCGGACCGCUUGUUCGCUGUGUUCUUAAUAAAUUUGGAAAUGAAGAAUUUACCGAAUUAAUCUUUUUGUAGCGAUCAUGUACUAAUGUAAAUAGUUAAGAUUUCUUUACAUUUAUACCUAUGAUUAUUCUAACAUUACACGCACAACCGACAUCUAGUCAUUUACAUAAUUGUUUAAUAUUACAAUUUAUGUUAUUGUAAGUAUACCCAGGGUUGCCAUAAUAUUUUUCAUUCUUCAUUCCUUAUACGGGACGUUUAGCACUUUUGAUGUCCCAAAAAGCAUUAACAUAUUUUACGCAGAAACGCAGCGUUUCUACAACAAUCUAAAUCAAAGCAUGCAUGUAUACUAAAAUUUCUAAGUGUAGUGAAGGAUACCAAAGAAUCAAAAUUAAAGGUUUUAUUUGAAGUAAUUGCAGUACAUUAAGAAAAAUUAAUAAAUUUUUAAAUUAAUAUCAGUUUAUUAUUGAAUCCAGUCAUAUUUUGAUGUUGAUUUUACUUUAGAAAUUGUUAUUUGCACACGUUAUUUUAAAAUUAUAGUGACAAUUUAAUAUGGAUCUAAUGGUCCUACAGACAACCUGUUUGUUUCUUCUGUCCAAUGAGCCGUCAUCAAUGAAAAUAUUCUUUCUACUUUUGCUUUGUGGGUGUAUGAGUGCCCCCGCAUUCUUCGCGACGUUGUCGAGCUGAAUAUUUAUAUAUUGUGUGGAGAUUGUGGCAAAACUUAAACUUAAACUUUUCCUUAAAGGCCGGCAACGCUCUUGUGAUUCCUCUGGUGUUGCAAGAGAAUGUGGGCGGCGGUGAUCACUUAACACCAGGUGACCAGUACGCUCGUUUGUCCUCCUAUUCCAUAAAAAAAAAACGGGACAAAUAUGAGACAUUUAACAAUACGGAAUGUUUCAAUACGGUGACAGUCCCGUACAUAUGGGACGUAUGGCAACUCUAGAUAUACCUAAUGCAUUGUGAUGUGUAGUUUUGCAGAAAAUUAUGCUAUACAAUCGCCUCACUAUUAUACCAAAGAUCUCCAAUUAUUUUAAUGUGCCAAGAGUAAGAUAGAGAGCCUAUACUUAAGCAGUAUUAAAAAACUUUACAUGCGCUCUAUCCCAAUUAAUGGAAGAUUAAAGCAGGUAAAUGCCUUGAAAGAUAUCCAGGGAUACCAGGUUUAGUGGCUUUUAGUUUGUAUAGAUUUGCCUAUAAAUUUAAUAUAAAAAAAAAAAUAAUAUUAUAAAAUUUUGUACUUGCUGGAUGGUAUAUUAAUAAAUCGAAGUAGUGGCUUGACAAAAUAAUACAAAAUGUCUUAACGGAAGAACAGUUAAUUUCCAAGUAAUAUUACAAAAAAAAAUACUAAAGUCUUAAUGGAAAGUACCUAUCCUUGCCGUAGAUAUUUGGUCAUAAAUGGACCUAAACUAACAAUCGUGAACAAGAUUGAUUACUACGUUUGAAGAUGCAUGGGAUGUUCUCUUUUGUUGGAAUGGGGGUACGACAAGUGUGUUGUGAUUUUAAGACAGCAGGGACUAUGUUGAUUGUUGGGUGGCAAGGAUCAAGUCAAGAAGUUCUCUGGAACAAAAAGCACUUGACGUAACAUUAUAGAAUUCUAACUACAACGUUUAACAACUGUUUCUCCAAUAAGUACUUAAAAAUUAUAAUAUCGUCGCUUUUGCAAAUGUGCUUACCCACAUCAUCAUGUGUUACAUACACUGUUGUUGUGUAUCUAAUGUUAACGAAGCUGAAUUAGAUCAAAACUAAUUAACAAUAAACCGAAAACAUGGUGAAGGCAGGUUUGAUUACAAACAUAUACCUAAUAUGUACCUAUUCAAAUAUGCAUUUCGCGUGCGUUUGUACCUAGUAAGAUUUAGAUAAUCCUUUUAUUUUAUUUAAAUCUAGCAAUGUUGACUUGUUUGUUAAACCACGAUUGGUAACUUGUUAGACAGGGCUUUACAGAUAAAUAAGGACGAAGAACCAAAUUCAGGUUAGAUUAUGUUUGUAAGAGGAUCGGCGUAUGGGGUUUGUUUUCUGACCAGCCAUUCUCAAAACCUAUCUAAAGUUUACCAAUUACGUUUUAGGUACAAUUUAAUCACGGUGUCUCUUUUACAAAGGUUUAUUCAUAUAAUAAAUCAUUGAUUUCGUCUUUAUGAAACAAUAAUAGGUACGGGUUAAAAGCGGUUUUAAGGCGGCUAAUCCCGCUGCGUUUCCAGAAAUACUGCCACUAUUAAUCAUUUGCAUUGAAAUUUCGGACACAGAGUUUUAUUGAUUCAAGUGUACCAGUCCGGUUAGAGCGGAUAAAACACGGUCACGCAAUUAGAACACAGGUCGUUUUAUUGCGACGUAGAUUUAUUUAUUAGCGUAUAUGUAACUGUUCGUUGCUCGAAUUAAAAAGAGCUCCACGUAGUCUGUAAACUGUUGAAAUGUAUGUAAAAAUAUUGUAAAUAUAUAAAAUGCCAGUC